UCUAGCAGGCUGCAACUCUCACAGCAGUUCAGUAGGUUUAAAUACUUAGAACUCUGUUGCGUGAAAUCGCCAGAAUUGUAUCACUACGCCAGUAAGGAGAACUCUUGUUACUUGGAAACAUCAAUAUUGUGUUGGCAGGCCUGUAGGGAGUUUGUUUUUGGAAAUAUUUUGUAUCGGUUUGGAUAUAAUUUUGUGGCUUCGUAGUGUUCGUGGGUUAAGACGCGCAAAAUGGCAUCUAAGUCGAAAGCUUGUAAGACUCUGCGGAUGCUUAUCAGAAUGUUAGACCCGGUCCGUGAAGUUAGUUUUGGUCACGAGUGUCAGAGUGGAUAGCGUGUAGCAGUUUGUUAAUUUCAAUGUUUCGGGACAGACGCGACAGGAGUCGUCGAGGGAGUGCGAAGAAGCAUGAAGUUUCGCUGAAGAAUAUUCUUGUCAAGAGCGAAGUAGAAGUGGUCGCGCAGUGGCUACACGAUGUGGAUAUUACUACGAUCAGAACAGAGAAUUCUGGAAGACAGAAACUGACGUCUCCAAAAUGGAACCGGUUCAAAGGGAUCCGACUGCGAUGGAAAGACAAGAUCCGACUCAACAACGUGAUCUGGCGUUGUUGGCACAUGCAGUUCAUCAGGAAGCAGAAUACCCUGGUGUGUCAGUUCGCUUCGCCUCUGGAUGUGAACAUGCACGACAAGCCCGAGGCAGUGGUGUUGGAAGGAAAAUAUUGGAAGCGCAAACUAGCAGCGGUUACCGCAGAAUACAAGAAGUGGCGAAUGUUUUACCGCAACAAGUUGAUGGGCUGGACAGCCAAAGAUGGCAACGACAUGAUAACGGAUGCGUUCGACUGGCAGCCACACAGCAAUGACAGUGUUCAUUCAGUUGGCUCCAUGAUGGUGGAUGAAGACUACAUGGAGUUCAUGUCAGACACACUUUUCUCUACUAUCUCAGCCAAUCAACCAUUUGCCUUUCCUGAUCCGCGUGAAAUAACUCGUAAUGCUGGCGGUAUUGCAGAUUUCAUUCAGCCCAGCCUUGUUCAGCUCCAGCCAAAUCUUGAAGACUUCAUGGAUACUUUGGAACCUCUUCAAGAUUUACUAAGUGCAAAGCUACCAUCUGUCCCAGAGGAGUAUAUCCCAGAUGACAUGUUCCGUGGGAGGAGUGUUGGAUUGGAUGUCCUGGGUAUCCAGCCAGAAGCCGCAGUGGCACAGACACAAAUGGCGCAGCAACCCAUGGAGCAGGCGCCCCAAAGCAGUCCAUUGCAGUAUACUGCUACCAUCUAUGCCCAGCCAGAAACAGACAGCAGCUUCAGUGCUUUUGCUCCAGGUUCCUUGCAGCAGGCUGCUGCUCAGACUGCAUAUGAAGAUGUGUCAUCGGUUAACAAGGUUCGCACUCUUCGUUCAUCACCACGCAGUCAUCCCCAACACCUACAGAAUCAGCAGACGCAAGCAACACCGCUUCCCGUGCCUCAGCAGUCUCAUGCAUUAUUUCAGCAGCCGUCUUCAGCACCGCAGCAGCAGGUUGUUCUCUGUUCGUCACCACAGUACCAAGCCUUCAGCAUGAGUGAUUUAGGUUCAUCCAGUUCUCCCAGUCAUUCUCCCCCUUCACAACCCCCACCAUCCCCUCAACUGCCCAGUUACGCCCUUUCAUCUCAAGGAGCUCAGUGUUACAAGCAGCCAUAUCAUCGGCCUGGUCCCCAACAGCAGGCUGGCUUUGCGAGUUUUCGUCUCCCAUCCUCUCCAGUGGCCAUUUCCCCCAGUCCCACCCCUGGUUCAGAACCACCCAGUCUUAGGCAGUCCAUCACAUCACCCACUGUAAAGAGCCCGUCACUUCGAUCUAACAGUCUACCCAGGCUGCAGGAUGACACAUUUGUUAUGCCCAAAUACAACCAACUGAAGCAGCGUAAUCGGUCAAGAAGUGGCUCAUCGUUGGUGUCAGUUGGUGGACAACAGCGUCAACAUCCACCCCCUCUUGUAUCUCAUGCUAGUGAUCCCGCCCUUGCCACUUCCCUGUCGUUGAUAAGCACAAACCCUCCAUCUCCAUCAACUAGCACCAGCACCCUCCAACCCCUGUUGGCGCAGCUUCUUACAACAAAUUCAGUGGGGAUUUACAAUUUUACUGGUGUCUCGGAAAAAGGGAUUGGCAGGACCCAGUCGGUGGUUCCAAUCCUCCCAGCACCAAGUCCUGUGUCACCUCAGCCUACAACAGCUCUUCUUAUUACUACCUCAACACCUGUCACUGUGGGGCAGUCAUUGGCACAUCCUUCCAACCAGUUGUUACUUGGGCCCUUGGGUGGUGGAGGUGGGGUAAGUGGAGGGAAAGGACGUGAUUCACCUAGUGACGCCUCAGCUGUGACUUCUUCUGCGGCACUGAGCCUUUCACCCCUUUCAUCACCUCUCAACCUGGCAUCAGUGAGCAGUCCUGGCCCCCACUCACCUUCCAGGUCAUCGCCCCUUCAUUCGAGGGUGGAGGUAGAUCAGCGCACACAGUCACGUCGCAAAAUCAACAAUCCACCAAAGGAUCGUCGCACAUGCCACAUCAAUGCAGAGCAGAAGCGAAGGUGCAAUAUCAAGAAUGGAUUUGACAUGCUCCACUCCUUAAUACCACAGCUCAAUCAAAACCCUAAUGCAAAGCUCAGUAAAGCUGCGAUGCUACAGAAAGGUGCUGACUACAUUCGACAACUGCGGGCUGAGAGGUCUCAACUUCGUGAGGAAAUGGACAACUUGCGCCAGCAAAUUGAAUGCCUCAAUACUGCUAUAAGCAACUGCCAGGCCAUGCUACCAGCUACUGGUGCACCAGUGUCACGGCAGCGGGCCAGCAAAAUGAGGGAGAUGUUCAAUGAGUAUGUUCGGAUACGGACUCUCGAGAACUGGAAAUUCUGGAUUUUAAGCAUCUUGCUGGAGCCCCUUCUUCAAUCAUACAAUGCAGCUGUCUCAACAGCUAGCCUGGAGGAUCUCUAUCGUUCAACACUGCUCUGGGUAGAGCAGCGCUGUUCCCUUGCAGACCUUCGGCCAGCGGUGCUGAAUUCACUGCGGUACCUGUGCACAGCUACAGACAUAUUGACAGACCCUUCACGCCUUCCUGAUGAGGCAAGGAAGGCUGUGAGCAAGCAGCAACAAGACCAGCGACCGAAUGGGACUCACUGACCUUCGGUUAUGACUUGUGACACUAACAGCAUCUAGUAAAUUGCCAAGCAG